AUGGAUAUACGCUCAACAAUUUAUCUUCCAUCAAAGUAAAUAAGUGAAGGAGAAAUAUAAGUUAAGGGAAAAACGUUGGGGAGAUGGAAAACAAAGAAGUUUAUAAUUGAUGAAGAAUAAAGAAUUUUUGCAUUAAAAAGCUCUUAGGCAAAAAAGAAGUUGAAGCCUUUCUAUUUAUAAUAUUAUAAAGUAUAGAAAAUAAAAAAAUUAAUUAGUUAGAGAUAAGAGAGAAAAAAAAAGAUAAGAUUUCAUUUGAUUUGAUUUCUAAAGCAGGUGGGAAAAGUGUGACUUUAGGAAUACAAAAUGAAUAAUAAGCUAAUGUAAUUAUCAAUUUAUUGUAAAAAUUGAUAACAAAAGAGGAGCCUAUUUAAAAAUAACAAUAUGAAGAAUCAUAAUUAAAAUUUUAAACUGAAAUACCUGUAGAAAAUACUCAAUGUAUUAAUGAUUUAAUAUAAAGAAUCUGCUUUUGAGAAAAUAGAUUAUGAAAUACCAUGUUUUUUUGAUACAAGUGAGAUUAGAGAAAAGUAUAAUUUGUUUACUAAUUUAUAAGUAUAUCUCAAAUAAGGAAAGGACAAUAAAGAUUAGAGAGAUUUUAGGUUGUUUAUAAGUAGUAAACAUGUACAAUAUACAAAAAUGUUGAAAAUCAUCAUCAAUUUAUAACUUUUAUAGAAUUCAAUGGUGAUUGUAUAAUAAAAUGAUGAUAAUUAGGUUGUGAUUUGAUUGUAUAGAAUUUAUCAGAUAACAACAAAAUUAAUUAGUGGAAUCCAUAUGUAUCUCAAACCGAAUCUAUAGUAGUGAAAGAAUUAGUAGAAGAUAAAUCAUUCCAAAUAUGUGAGAUACGUCAAUUAACAAAUCUAUUUGUUUUUAAGCGAGAAUAUUAAUAUUUACGCCAUCAUCUAAAAAUAGACAAUAUUGAGUUUAUAGUAUAAAAGUAAAUUGAUUAAAGGCCAAAAACUAAAUGUAAUUAAGGAAGUUUAAAAUAUGGUUUGUGGAGUAUCGAAUACAAGUAAUGUAUUCAUAUCUAAUUUAAGAAAUAAUGUGACUAAAGUGUGUUAUGUGACAGAACAAUCAGUUUUGGGUUUAUCAUAUCCAGAUGAAGAUUCUUACCUUACUUAAGUAUUCUUAUAAUAGAUUACCAAUAUUAAUAAGUCAUACAUUUAAAAGACAACAAAAUAAGAUUAAAUUUCUACUACUGUAGAGAUUUCCCAAAUAAAUAAAGUGAUUACAUUAGAAUAAUAAGUUUAAGGAGGACAAUCUCAGAUAUAAAAAUAAUAAACUGAUCAACAAUAAUUAUUAUCUCAAAAUAAAGUUGCUUAAGAAAAUCAACAAUAUAAUUAAGAGGAAAAUGAUGAAUUUUUUGAUUGUGAAGAAGAAGAUGCAAUAGAUGAAAUGAAUGAUAAGUUAUAUAUUGUUGAAACAGUGCAUAAUAAAUAAUUGAUUUAAGAUGAUGUUGUAAAAGAUGUUUAUGAAUAAAAUGCAAGAAGACAAUCUAUUUUACCUAUCUAAAUUGAUAUAUAGGAUAAUAAUGAAUAAGAAUGGGUAGAAAAGAAAAUGAAAUUAGUAUUAACUGGAGGUUAUUGUUCACUCUCAAUAAAUGUUAAACAUCAAUUAUAACCUAAAGAAAAAGGAUAGUAAAGAUAAUUUCUGACUUCACAAGAGGGAGGACACUAUAUAUUUAGAAGAGAUUUUAUUAGAGAAGAAAAGAAUGGAGGAUUGAAAGUAAUUAAUGAAGAGAAAUUAGCUGCUUAAAAGGCAGUUAUUAAAUUUCUAAUUACUAGAAUUGGAGCAUCAUUAUUAAUGGGAAAAUCAAUUACUGGAAUUUCGAUGCCAGUCUCUAUUUUUGAAGCUCGUUCCAAUACUGAAAGAGUUUGUAGUAGUUUAGGAUUUGCACCAAUAUACUUAGAAGAAGCUGCUCAAUCUUAAGAUAUUUAUUAUAGAAUUAAAUAAUGUGCUGCAUUUUAAUUUGGAUUUAUAUUUAUGUAUAUAUCUUGUGAGAAGGUAUAUAUAUUAUUUUUGUAAGCUUAGCCUUUUAAUCCAAUCUUAGGUGAAACUUUCCAAGGCUUUUAUGAUAAUUGUCCAAUUUAUUGUGAAUAAAUCAGCCAUCAUCCUCCAAUAUGUGCCAUUCAAAUGUAUGGAAGAUAAUAUAAGUAUGAUUAUUAUUAAAAUAUCUAGAAUUGAUGGUUAAUUAGAAUUAGUGGCUAAUUUUCAUUCAAAUUCAGUUGUUGGUAGAAAUGUUGGAACAUUUAAGAUUACAUUUGAGAAUCCUCAUUAAGAAAUUUUAUUAACAUUUGCUCCAGGUAGUUUGAAUGGGACUACCUAUGGUGAUAAAGUGCUUAAUUAUCUUGAAAAAUAAUUCAUUAUAGAUAUGAAAAAUAAGAUUAUUUUAGAAACUACAUUUAAUCCUGACAAAAAAUAUUGUUAAUAUUUUGAAAUUGAAUAUGUUAAUUAACUGGAUUAUUUGUGUGGAGCUCUUUGUGAUGUUACUGAUUCAGCAAUUAUGAGAUAUUAAAAAGAAGGUCAUAGAAAAUAUAAAGGAUUGGAUUUAAAAAAUGAUAUCAAAUAAGUCAGACAUAAAAUUAAGGGUAUUUGGAUCAAUGAAUUGAAAGUAUAUAAAUAAUAUUAUAUCUUAAUAGGUUGACAAUUAAAAAUUAAUAUCUAUUCAAAAUGAUUAUCCUGUUAAAAUGCAAUUAGCUUAAUUCCCAAUACCAUCAGAUUCCACUUUUAGAAUGGAUAUUUUAUGGUGGAAAUUGAGAAAUUUUGAUUAAUCCUAACAAUGGAAAGAAAAGUUAGAGAUACUUUAAAGAUAAGAUAGAAAAUAAAGAGAACAGAAGACAAAAAAGAAAAAAUGA